GUCAGUUGGGGUCUCGUUCACCCGAGUUCACAGCGGGGCGGGAAGCACUCGGGCUAAGUGUGUAAACAGAUCGGGAUCCCAGAGAGCAGCUCCAAAAAUAAACCAAACCGAAGGCCAUUGUUUUCCUUUCCUGAGAGAGGAGGCCAGGCUGGCCCAGCACUUACUCUGCAGCCAUUGGUCUUGAAGUGAACUGGUCCCAUCCACACUUGCCACAUGCUAUAGUCAUAGGUGUGUACAGCCACGCCUGACUGUCAGAAAAGACUUUUUUUUUGCAUAGGCAUUUGAGACAGGGUCUCAAUAGGCAGCCCUGGCCAGCCUGAAACUCACAGAGCUCUGCCUGCCGAGAGCUGGGAUUGAAGGUGUGAGUCGCCACGCCCUGCCUAAGAAAAGCAAUUUUUAAGAAAAUCUAUUUUCCUAGGAAAUAUCAAAAGGUGUGAGCAACAGAAACGGUGACUGUGGACCUCAAAAAGAGGGGAAAUGUGACUCAUCUUCAUGGUGGGAAGUACCAGGUUAGAAGCCCCAUCCCAUGGGUGGUCUACUACAGGGGAUGGUAUUUAGAACUGUCAUAACUGAGCGGAGGUCGCGCCCCGCCCCCCCAAACACACCUCUGGUUUUAGCAGUGUCAGCCUCUGGCCUUGGAGAUGGCCGCAGUGAAUUCUGUCCAAGCCCUCCCGUAAUCUCUCCAGUUUCACUCCACAGGAACACGAGCUCUGUCAUUUAAGUUUAGAAAGGAGGGGGGAAAAAUCCAACCAGGGCCUUAACUCAGCCUUCCAUGUUUGUGCCUUUGUUUCCUGAGCACUUAGGAAAGUGUCUGCACAUAUUCACUUACUAACAAAAGCAUUUUUGUGUGAAACAGAGGGCUGGAUUUUAACUCUGGUAAAGGGUUUGACCUGGUCCCAACUCCCAGUGCAGAAUAAAAACAGAAAAAAAAAAAAAAUUGGGAGAACAAAUUACCAUACAAAAGGUUUAGCUAAUUAUAAAUAUUGGGAUGUUUCAAUUAAGAAUUGAGAGUGGGGGUUGGGGAUUUAGCUCAGUGGUAGAGCGCUUGCCUAGCGAGCGCAAGGCCCUGGGUUUGGUCCCCAGCUCCAAAAAAAAAAAAAAAAAAAAAAAGAAUUGAGAGUGAUCUCAUAAAAGUAUACAAUAGUUUAAAAAAAAAAAACAUUUAAGGCUUCAGAGCGAUUAUGAACAAACCUGGUUCAGCCUCAGUCUUGUCUGCACAAGCCAAGAAUGCCGUAGAGCCUCGGGCUUCCCUGUAACAUGAGGGUUCUACUGUCUUGUCUCACUAGGCUUCUGUAAGGAGUACAGUGCCCAGCAGAGGGUCAGCAGUUAGGGAAAACUAAACCAGUGGCUCUCAGCCUUCCUAAUGCCGUGACCCUUUAGUGGUGAUCCCCAACCAUAAAAUUAUCUCAUCGCUACAUCAUAACUAAUUCUGCUAUUGUUAUGAAUCACAAUGUAAAUAUCUGAUAUGCGGGACAUCUGUUAAGCAAUCACCACGAAAGGGAGUCGCAGCCCACAGGUUGAGAACUGCCGCUAAAUGCUUUCACAUUCAAGAAGGGUGGAAAGAGUAAAAGACAAGUGUACGUGGGCUAAAGUCAAAACUGAGGAUAUCUUCUUAGUGACUGAGUUUGUGUGUUCUAAUUUGCUGCUUCUCUGUGGGAGUGACUUUUUCUUGUUUCAGAUCCCAGGUUCCUAAAGGUUACUACAGAAACAACAUAAUCACACACAAGUUACUCCGGAGUCAGCGUUGGUUGUUAGGGUGACGUUUAGUUGCUAGCAGCCUGUGAAGAAUGGUUUUGUCACUCCACAGUAACUACUUAACACAAACAAAUCUUCCUCCACAGUCACCUGCCUGCCAAAGCCACUGGCUCUGGGUGGGCAGAGCCUAAGCUGUGCCCGGGGGGAUCUUCUGGGGCAGCGUCGGAGUUGCUGGGCAACUUCCUUGCUGAAACAGGAAGAUUUCGUUAAUUUUUUUUCCCCUUCAAUGAAAAAGAAUGGUUUGGGUUCUCUUUAAUUAGAAAUUAGAGAGAGGGGGAGGGAGGGUGAGAGGAGCGAGGAGGGGAAUCUGAACCCUCCAGCCAAGGCAAGCCUCAGCUUCCACGAAACCGUGAAGCCAGAAGGUUCCAGUGUUUGGAGCAGCAGGGAUUCAAAAGACAGAUCUUAGACACCAUGGACAGCGUGUAUAAGCCUUCCUCCACAGAGAGGGUUCUGCUGCUGGAGAAGGAGCUGGAGGCGAGGCUCAGCGAACUGAAGACUGGGUUGGAAGAACAGGGGCUCCUUCCAGGAACAGCCAACCGGGUCUUCAGCUCCGUUCAAAUACCAAAGGAUGUCGCCCACUUUAGACGUGAACGGGAAGAGGCUCUGAAGAGGACCCUCCAGGUGGCCGAGUCCAAGCCCCUUGUCAUUCAGGCAGAUGUCCUCAAGAGGGAGCUAGAGAGCUGCCUAAGGAGAGAGUACACACCGGAAAAUCUUCCCCUGCUUCUGCUGCAGUAUUACACAGAGAGAAUCCUGCAGCUGGGCCAGAGUAAACAUUUGCACAUUCUGAGGUGGAAGAGGCGCUGCCAAACCAGUGAGACCAUGGAGGAGCUCUACCCUCUCUACAAGAAACAAGUUGACUACAUCAUGCAGGAGUUCAAUGACUCGGUUCAGAGAGCACAAAGACUGUCGGUUGCUAGAGAAAACUUCCUUGUGGGAAAGAACAACCCUCCAGACCUCGUGACUCCGGAGGACCUGGCGAUUUACACCAGGUGGUUAGUGUGCCACCUGCAGGCCCUCGGGACUGUUCACCACUACCUGCAGGCCCUCCAGUAUUUGCCCAUCUCCAAAGCGCUGAGUCUGGCUGAUAGGCAAGUCCCGGGAUUUAGUGAGGAAAAUGGGAAAGUCUGUGACACCAACCUUAACGCUGUAUCUCCUGGUCCUCUGGGUCGCAGUGUUUCAGGGCCAGGGAGAACAGAUGCUGCGUUUGUCUUGCCUCAGCACAUGACAGACAGGGAUGGUCUGAAACCUCAACUGAAGCCUCUACUCUCACAUUUCCACAUCCCGUACGACGUGCAAAAGCUGAGGGACUCAGCCAAAGAGAUGGAGCUCUUCUCCUUGGUUUCUCAAAACUUCCGAAGCAUCUUCAUGGAGCAACAAAGAAUGUGGACAUUCCCAGACUAUGAGGCCGGGAGAGCUGAAGUGCAGAACCCGACUAUGUCAGGACCCACAACCACCCUGAAAAAGAGAGCCACCUGGAUUCCCUUUGUAAAGGUCAAGCCGAAAUGUGACCCUUGGCAGAAGAAGAUGCUGACCAGACUCAAAGAGCGCAAAAGACUAGACGAGUUAAUGCACCUCCAGUCACAGUUUUUGAAGAUUUCUGACCCCGUGCAAGUCAUGCAAGUACUCCAGGACCAUGCUGCAAAGACAGUGCCUAUGACGACACAUGACCCAUCUCUCCCAACUUCUCAGGCUCCGAGUCCGUGCAACUAUGACCACAUCUGGAAGAAUAUUUAUAGCAACCCCAAGCUCUACCAGGCUGAGAAUGUGAAGGAAGACAGCUUUUCAGUGGAGCCAAGCGACGAUGACCCCACAAAACCACAUCUCAGCCAGAGUACAGAGGGGUCUCUCAAGCAGAAAACAGAGACAGGAUACAAUUAUGGUAUGACUCUGCAACUGCUGGGCUUAAGUGACGGGACUGAGCCUGACAGGAAUCCUGUCUUGAUGAGAGGGGCCUACUUAUCCUUCCUGUGUCUGCGCCACCUGCACAUCCGGGAGCUACAGCGCAUCUGUUUGGGAGUCCUUAACUACUUCAGAUCAGUUGAGCGAACUUUGACAAUGAACACUUCAGGCCUUACCUUGGUUUCAGGGACCCUGGUCCCCACUCUGGGAGAUAGUUCUUGGGUAAAUGUGGCAAAAGGAGGCUUGGGCACCUUACAAGGCCUAGGAGCUCACCACUAUGUCCAUGGGACUCCUGCUGAGCACAAGGUCCACAGCAUCCAGUUCCUGGAGUUCUCGGAAGCUGAGAACCAGGACGACUUCUACAGCACACAAGCUGGCUGCAUCCACACCCAGGAUCAGCUCGGCGUGUAUGUCGUAUAUGACACCGCCCUGCAGGAUUUGAAGGAACUGGAGUCAGAGCUGCUGCUCAUUGCUAGCCAUUAUAUUGAGAAAGAAAAAAGCCACAGAGAGGACAGCAGGUCAGAGGGCAGCCAGCGCCUCGGCUGGGCCAAUGCGAACGUGGACAGAUUUGCCCUGCUGUACGACCUGUGGGCCUGCGAGGCGAAUCUUCUGGAGUGCAAACGCCAGCUUCUUGAUAGUUACUUGGAAGCCUACCAGCACACCUUGGACCCUGAAGAACGGCUUGCUCUAGCACAAGCCAUGACUGACAUUAUGCACCGACGCCCUAAGUUGGAUUUCAGCCACUCGUAUUUCACUAAGGCCUACCAAGACGACUGUACCUGCCUGAGGCUCCACCUGCAGCUAGUGAGGAGCAUCCUCAGCUACCACUUAGAGCAGCAGCAGGAGUACGUCCAGAGUCUCUGGCGAGGGGAUCAUCCUGAGGCUCCCAAGACGUUCGGUCUUCCCCUGAACAUAAUUUGCAAGCAAUUUGUUUCCAUCAACAACAGCUGCCCAGGUUCAGAAAACGUCCAUCUGCUGGAGCUCCACCCUUCCCUUGGCCAGGCUGGCCUCAUCCCCAAGGCUCUGCAGCACCUGUUGCGGGAGGCUCGCCACGCCCACAAGGCUGCGUCACGCAGCGGGCUCGCCCAGCUGGAGAUUCAGGUCUUGCGGCUUGCCCUCGACCUGUGGCUCACCCCAGCCAAGCCCGAGGCCUGGUACAGCGCACAACUCCAAAGAGAUCUCUUUUCAGCCAAAGUGAUGGGUGAUCCCUUUCUCGUGGAGGAGGUGGGCCUGCUUGCGCUCAGGUCUGCGGUGGAUGAAGAGCAGAAACAAGGGCAAGAUUUCCAUGCGCUGCUCCUGGACACGUUCUCCAAACUUUUGGAACUGCUGACCCUCCGUCACCGGCUGAUAGACGCGAGUGUGGCCAGUGCAUACUUGGCUGGCCUCUAUAAGGAACUGGCACUGGAGAUGGGUUUUGAAGAAUCACAUUUGCAUCUGAGGCCGAUUCCCUUUGAGUUUGCAUCACACAAGGACAAGGUGGACCCACCCCCGCCGGUCUUUAUAACUUCUCUGCUGGAGGACAGCAGUCGGGUAGACAGAUACUGCCCCACCUCCCUCGCCUUAGCCAUCUCUGAGCUGGAUGAUAACCAAGUCAGCAAAUUCAGUUUUUACACAAAAGAAACCAUCCUCAAGCUCUUGGUCCAUUCAGGAGUGGAAAAUAUGCAAGUGACCCUCGCAUGCCAAACUGCUCAGAAAAAUGCUCUGAUGGUGGCCAUUCAACAGGCGUUCUUUUAUCACAUCCCCGGCGUGGACAGCCCUGUUGAUGUCAAGGAAACAAGUUCAGACCUGAGGCAUCCUGGUGAAAGGAGACCAAGCAGAAGAGAGUCCAGAACUGCGAAUGGCAAAGAGCGUUUGCUGUUAGCCCCGACUCUGAGAGCCCCAGGCCCUGUUUCUCAUUCUUCAGAUGGAUUUAAGACUUCUAAGAGGGCUCCAGAGGCCUUCGUGUCUAUUCAACUAGAAAAGGCGGGUUUGCGGGACCUGACGCUGAACACCUUCCUGCACAGGAAGCAGACAAUGGCGGACCAGGAUGACAUUGAAAAAAUGAAGAAGGAGCUAAUAGUCGAAUAUUGCCAAAAGUUGAACCUCCGCAUGUCUCAUCAUUCCCUUCGGGGUCAGAUCAUGGCCUACUGCAACAGCCUGAGAGUUCUGCUAGACGGCUUUCCUACCAUCAGAGACACCUUCUUCAUGGUGGGACAAGCAAAUGAGAAGAAGGGAUUGAAAGACUCCGGUGGGGAAGUCAAAGCGGACUCCAGGAGUUUUCAGCCUCGGCCUCGAAGUUUGCUGUCCGCUGAUGGAAGGGUCUUCCUCAAUUUAUGGUUUAUUCCCCCUCCGUCUGAAGUGCUGCUUAUGUUCAAAACUCUGCCGGAAGAGGAAGCUUUUAGAGCCCUAAAACUGACUCUGCAGCUCGUGGCUUCUCUCCACGACAUUGUGGCCUACAUUUUCAGUUUUGCCAAACUUGGCAAUUGCUCACCGUGCUUUGACCUUCCUCUAAGUCCUAACCCUUUGAGGAGGGACUGGGGAGGAGCCGAGGACAUUGGGACUGAACUUCAAGAGCUGCAGAAAAUGAUUGACAGUCUCCAGAGCCCCCAGGACCCGAGCCAGGUGGCCCAGGCCCUUCUCCUCCGCAGGGAGGUGACACUGCUGCAGUUCGAUGCAGCUGUGAGACAUCUCCUCCGAACAUUUUUGGCCGCGGGAAAUGCUCCUGCCUACCAGUCUGUCGCAGAUGGUGCGUGCUGUGGUUUGCCACAACUGGGCAACUCUCUCAGGAAGAGCAUCUUCGCCUCACAGCUCAGCCUGCCCCAGCCACUGGAUCCUCGGAGCCUCCGGGCGUUUGGGCUGUUCCCAUGGAGGACGUUCCUGGAAGACGGUGGACCGUUUCCAGUUAUAAGCAGCAUCCCGGACACCCUAGAGUAUGAUAUGCAGAUGUGUCUCUGUGGACUAAGUGACCGUGACCGCAAAGUGGCCCAUGGAGAGCUGGUGGCUGUGCAGAUGCUCUUGGAAGAUGUCCUUGUGGGCAGCCGUCACACGAUCUGGAAGGCGUCUACUGAACUGGGAGCCCCACUGGACAGUGCGCAGCCAGACUGGUCCAAACUGCCAGGACUCUGCCCAAAGCAGUUGGAAAGUCACCCAAAGGCUUCUGCCCUGCUGGAGGGGCCAUACGAUGUAGUAAUGUCUCUGGCUCUGUUGAAAUCCUUCCUCACCUUGUGGAAGCAGCUGGAAGUGCUGAAGGGACACUGGGGCCGACUCAAGCUUCGAGGGCAGGACGUCAACUCUGCCCUGCUCCACAAGCAGGUCUCAGAGCUCUAUGAAGCCGAGAUCUUCUACCCCAGCAUGAAAGCUCUUGCCAGGCAGAUGGGCAAAGACGAUGAAUUUGAAGAACUUAUAAUAAGAAGCCAAUCUAUCCUCCCCCCAAAGGGAGCCUCAGAAAUGGAAAUAAAACUUCAGCAGCUUCAGAAACUUCUGGAAAGUUUAGAAAUUCACAUGAUCCAAGAAGUACUGAGAAAAAUUAAUAGAGAGAUGACACUGUUUCUAUCCGAAAAGUCCAAGGAGGAGUCCACUCUCCCAACAGAUCUUUGGAAACACCCAGUCAUGAGAGAAAACUUUUCAGUUGUGAGACCCCAGAUAGUUGAGAGAUUUGUACAGAGGCUAAUGGAGAAUUCCCAAGACAAUGGACCCGAGAUCACUUUCCAGAGGGAGCACCUUGAAGCCUGCCUCCUCUCGUUGGGCUGCGAUGUGAUGGCACGAGAACGUAGCAACUUUGAGACCUACUCCAUGUGUUAUGAGCAUGUCCUGCAGCACACCAGGCAGAAGCUUAGCCAGAAGGAGCAGGAGGUAGACUUGCUACGAAGAAGUCAAGCUCCCCCUGAAGACCGUGCUGGCCAGAUCGCAGAGCUCAGUCAUGACAUAAUCAUGGAGAUCACCGCUCUGAGGGCCCGGCUCGCAGACCUGGAAGAGGAGAAUCUAAAUCUGGAAAUCCAGAUUAGGAAAGAGGUCCAGGAAGAGUACAGAGAAUUAGUGCAGGCUUUGUUUAUGACCUGCUUACACAUAAAGGAGAAGCUGGAUGAGAAUCAGUUUAAUUUGAUCCAGAAAGUGUGUGAGCUCAUCGGUGAAGUGAGAGCUGAAGGGAUUGCCAACGUGAAGCAGCUAAAGAAAACCUGGGGCUCUGCCAGACCUGAGGGAGAAACAAAAGAGAACGCAGCCAAAGCACCAGCUGAAGAGCAACUGUGUGCCUUGGAACAGGACAACAGCUGCACCCUGGCUGCUCUACUGUGCAAAGCUCGGAGCCUGGGCCGCUGGCGGCUGGCUGUGCAGCAGGCACACCUCAGAGGUCAGCUGAGCAUGGCAGAGAAGGAAUCUAUUCACAGUAAAAAGGAGUGCUUGCGAAUCAAGCUAAUGGCGGAGCAAGAAGUGGCUUUACUUCAUCAACAGCUCCUGGCUGCAAGGCAAGCCCUGACCAAAGCUCAGACUGACAACAGGAAGCUGUGGUGGCAGAAUGAGACCCAGGCCCAACUGCUGAGGGAGUUGGAGCACAGAGUGACGCAAGACACGGUCACUCGGCAGCAGCUGGAUAUCAUAAAAACAUCUGGCAUGGAGACGCUCCUGAAAGACGUGGAGCAAAAAGAGCAAAAACUGCAGCUCCUGACAGAAGAGGCUGAGCGGGCUUCGAAGCGAGGCCAGCUGCAGCAGCAGAAGAUGGACAGAGACCUGAAGCAGAUGAGAAACCGGCUCGCUCAGGAGCGCAGCGUGAAGCUGGAGGCCUUCCAGCGAGUGCAGGAGCUACUGAAUCAGCUUCACGACACCAAGCAGCCCUCUGCCCACAUGGCCUCCCCAGUCGGGCUUAGAUCCCAGACCCACUGCUCCCUAAAUUCUGCCCCAGCAUUAUUCCGAUACUCUCCCCACCAUUUUUCAAAGACUCAUCUUAUGGGCAGUAAAAUGACAAGAAGGAUUCAAAGACCAAAGACCGUACCGGUGAAACACAGCAGAAGAACGGACGGUGAUUCUUUACCCAGUGUGGCAGAAAAUGCUCAACUUACAACUUUCCCAGCCCAAACAGCGCCAUCAUCUGGGAUUUCAUUCAGACCUGAAAGUGUGUGGCCACCUGUCCUGAAGGACUGAGAUGAACUCAUCCUGAGUCCCUCCCACAUGAAGCCAGCUUUGGUCCCAGGUCUGAAAGCAUACAGGCUUUCAGGCUUUGGUUUGCAUACUACAGGCUGUUGUUAGUGGCUGCCCAGCAGUCUCUCAGUUUGAGUUUUGAGUAACAAGGUAGGUAAGGUGGGCCAUGACAGUGGGCCUUGGUGCUGACCUGUCUACAAAGAAAUGAAGACCCAGAACUGGAAAGCUGGCUCAUCCAUUAAGAGUGCUGCUCCCCCAAGGACCCCCACUCAGUUCCAGCUUCGACCUAUAACUCUAGUUCCAAGGAUUCUGAUUUUCUUCUCUGGCCUCUAUGGGUACUGGGCACCAUGUGUUUCACAUACAUAAAUGCAAGUAAGCAUACAUAUAAAGCAAAAAAUAAAUAAAUCCCUAUAAAAUAUGCUAUUAAAAAUAAGUAGAAACUGUUAUAGUUCAAUAAAGAUUCAUCCAAGCAAA